AUGUGGAGUCUCGGUUGCAUCCUGGCGGAAAUGUACUCUGGCGUACCAAUAUUCCCCGGUGAAGAUGAAAUAGAUCAGCUCUACAGCAUUAUGGAGGUUCUAGGACAUGUACCACAUAAUCACAUUGAUGCGUCUCGGUACAAGCAGACGUAUGUAGACGACCAAGGCAGAGUCAACACUCGGUUGCAUUAUGGGAAGAACAGACGACCGCGUGCCGUGGGUGUGAAGACACUGAAGAAUAUGCUGUUUGGGGCCGAUACCCAGUUUAUCGAUUUUGUUGAGAGAUGUCUCCAAUAUUCGGACACUCGAUGGACCGCAGAACAUGCCCUCAGACACCCAUGGCUGCAGGAGGAACUAUCUAAAAGCGGGCGCCGAUCAUCAGGCCCUCAACGACCCACCCGUCCAAUACGCCGCCGACCAAGCGGCCCGUACAUCCAGCCAAAUACAAGCAACGCUCACGACGUAACCAUAAGCGUACAGACGACAGGCAUAGAUAGUUACGCGCACACAAUUGACCAUGAUUAUCUGUGUACGUACGACAACUCUAGCUCGACUGGAUUGAAACAGAUUAUACUCAAAGGCCCUGAGACAGCGCCCCUGUCCGUUGUGUGCGCAGAUGGUAGACAAUAACAUCCUCUAUUGGUACCCACUGCUGGUGUUUGUAUGUACUGGUUGUUAAAACACACAUGUAUGCACUGAUGGUAGACAACGGCAUAGGUUAUACCACUUUGCCAGUGAAUCCAUACAACGUAGGACAAAAAUCAUAUGUGCUUGAUUCCUGACACCCAAUAGUCAGACACAAGCACACACUCGGUGAACGGAUCGUGUGUAGAAAUUGUGACCGGUUGUACUGGCAAUUCGUCACACGCGCACGCUCGAGUAAAUAUUCGCUAGAAAAGCAAAUCUUAAUUAAAUUUAAAAAAAGGGCAGUUUUUGUUAUAACUGCACUUUGAGU